AUGCUUUUUAAAUUUUUGUGUAUAGGAGAUAAAACAUUUUCAAAAAGUCCAGGUUGGUCACCUUCUCCGAGCAAAUUUAAAGUUUUAUCACCUGUGAGACGAUAUGUAACAAAUAAUGUUGAAAAUCCGAAUCCUUCCAUGAUGUUUGGUAGCCCUACUUUGUCAUCUCCAGGCACAAAAUCUUGGGUUUCAAGGUUAAUCGAUCUACCAAGUCCACAGAAAAAUAAACUAAAAUCAUAUAUAAGCACACCAGAAAGUCCUAGAAAAAUUAAAAUGAUAAAUAAACAACUCCGUCAAAAAAAUAUUAAUCUACAAAGAUUGUUAAAACGAAAAAGAUCAAUAAUAAGUUAUUUGAAAAAUAAAAAUGAAAAAUAUAAAAAUAUAAAAAAAGUUCAAAUGAAACAAAUGUUAGACGAAUUUUCUUUUUCUUCGACACCUUCGAAAGCUCUUGUUACAAUGCAAGUAUUGCAUAAAAAUCGUAAGCCAUGGACUAGAGCUGAAAAAAAUGUAUCGCUGUCACUGUACUAUAAAUCGCCAUCUACUUACAAGUUACAAGCAUAUGCGUAG